AAGAGGAGAUGGUUUGUGCUUCGCAGCGGCCGUUUAACAGGGGAUCCAGAUGUAUUGGAGUACUACAAAAAUGACCAUGCCAAGAAGCCUAUCCGUAUUAUUGACUUAAAUUUGUGUCAACAAGUGGAUGCUGGAUUAACGUUCAACAAAAAAGAGUUUGAAAAUAGUUACAUUUUUGAUAUCAACACUAUAGACAGAGUUUUCUAUUUGGUAGCAGACAGCGAGGAGGAGAUGAAUAAGUGGGUUCGAUGUAUCUGUGAUAUCUGUGGGUUCAACCCUACAGAUGAGGAUGCUGUGAAGCCACCAGUCAGUUCUUUACAACCAUCUGCUGAGUUACCCCUGCCCAUCAACACUUCAGCGCCUACCAUGCAAGCAGAAUCUUCCCUACCUCCUCCUUAUCAGCUUAUUAACAUCCCCCCACUGGAGUCUUCCUCUGGUCAAGAGGAUCCUCAAGACUACCUACUGCUAAUAAACUGUCAAAGUAAAAAACCUGAACCUAUGAGAUCUCAUGCUGACUCGGCAAAAUCCAGCUCUUCUGAAACAGACUGCAAUGAUAACGUGCCCACCCACAAAAAUCCUGCUCCAUCAGUGAGCAAGCAUGCUGUGAAUGGCUUUUUUCAGCAGCAAGGUGUCUAUGACUCUCCGCCUUCUCGUGCUGGACUGACACUGGCAGAUUGUAGCCUUUAUAACCUGCCUCGGAGUUACUCCCAGGAUGUUUUACCGAAGGCAGCAUCUCCAUCUGGGACUGAUGCAGAAGGAGAGCAACAUGUUUUCAAUACCCCAUCAGCAACAUCUUCAUUAGACGCACAGAUGAGACACAUCUCCAUUAGCUAUGACAUUCCCCCCACACCUGGAGGUACUUACCAGAUUCCACGAACUUUUCCAGAGGGAACAUUGUCUCAGACUUCAAAACUGGAGACUAUUCCAGAUAUUCCUCCACCUCGGCCACCAAAACCUCACCACGCUGCAGAUCGAUCUCCUGUGGAAACAUGUAGCAUUAGUCGCACUGCCAGUAAUACCAUUUCAACGGUAGAUUUGAAUAUCUUUCGUAAAGAAAUUAGUUCUCAAGACUGUUAUGAUAUUCCACGAACGUUUCCGAAUGACAGAUCUAAUUCAUUGGAGGGCUUCCAUAACCACUUUAAAAACAGAAGCAUGUUGACAGUGGGAAGUGUUUCAAGUGAAGAACUAGAUGAAAAUUAUGUCCCAAUGAAUCCCAACUCUCCUCCACGACAGCAUUCCAGCAGCUUCACUGAACCCAUCCAGGAAACAAACUAUGUACCAAUGACACCAGGCACGUUUGAUUUUCCGUUAUUUGGAAAGCAAGUCCCUCCUCCUGCUCACAUGGGUUUCAGGUCCAGUCCAAAGACCCCUCCCAGACGGUCAGUACCUGUUGCAGAAUGUGAGCCACCGCCAGUGGACCGGAACCUCAAACCAGACAGAAAAGGUCAAAGUCCUAAAAUUUUAAGACCUAAACCACAUGGUUUAGAGCGAACUGAUUCACAAACCGUAGGUGACUUUACUACAAGAAGAAAGGCAAAACCAGCUCCGCUAGAAAUAAAACCUCUGCCUGAAUGGGAAGAAUUACAAGCCCCGGUUAGAUCUCCUAUCACCAGAAGCUUUGCACGAGACUCCUCCAGGUUUCCCAUGUCUCCCAGACCGGAUUCAGUUCAUAGCACAACUUCCAGCAGUGACUCGCACGACAGUGAAGAGAAUUAUGUAUCCAUGAAUCCAAAUCAGUCCACUGAAGACCCAAAUUUGUUCGGAAGCAACAGUCUUGAUGGAGGAAGCAGCCCUAUGGUAAAACCUAAGGGAGAUAAACAAGUAGAAUACUUAGAUCUGGACCUAGAUUCGGGAAAAUCUACCCCACCUCGUAAGAAGAAGAGCAGUGGUUCAGGCAGCAGCGUGGCAGAUGAAAGAGUUGAUUACGUUGUGGUCGACCAGCAGAAAACGCUAGCACUGAAGAGCACACGAGAGGCAUGGACUGAUGGGAGACAGUCUACAGAAUCUGAAACACCUACCAAAAGCGUGAAAUGAAAAUACUGCUUUUUCUCCAAAGAACAGAAAGGAGUGAAUUUUGAAGAACUGCAGAACCACAAUGUCAGUGUUGUUCAGCUGUACAGUACCUGGUUCACUGGUGUGUGAGUAGGUUCUUGACCGAAUAGGAUGGAAGCCAAAGGACACUUCGAAUAUAUCAAAAGCAUUUUAGGAUCAUAAAUUGGGUCUGUGGUCUCUGGAAAAUUGCAACCUGUAAAUAACAUGUAAAAUAGUAUUGCUUAGCUUUCAGAAAACCUUUCGUUCUGUAGUUAACACGUUUGUAGUAUUACUGUGUUUAUGCACUUUUUCAGUUACAAUGUUGGUUCAGGUAUUCCCAGUUAGUGUACCUUAACACCUAAUUCUAAUUUUUCCUUACACUACUAUUCCUAAACAAUUUUAGGUUAAUUAAGCUACAUGUAGAUACAGAAAUUAAUAUUUGAACUUCAUUUUAACAACUUAAAAUUGAUUUUACGGAAAUACUUUCACAAUUGAAUAAUCUACUUGAAAUGCCAAGAAACGACCGUUAGUUACAUACUUGUUUAUAUUUAAUACACGCAAGAUUAUUUGGAAGUCUACAGGUUACCUUCCUAACAAAAAUUGCUGUGAGUUAAUAAUAAUGAACUGUACUGGGUUUAGACCUACAAUCCUGGCUUAUUAUGUUAGUUGCUAGUGGUGGAACUUCUAUUGUAUUUUAUUAAUGACAGUGUUCUCUGUUCAAUGGGUGAAGAUUCUGCAGGGUGGGAUCUUACACUUUUAAAGACUGAAUAAUUAAAUAUCAAGUAAGCCUGCAAACCACUGAUGGCAUGCAGUAAUAUUGUGAUCUCACACUUAUUAACAAGAAAUAACCUUUAUAUUAUUUACAGAAGGUAGAGUAUAUAAAUCAGGUACGUACCAAGCACUGUUGUGCUAAUACACUGAUCAGGUUUAGACAAUGAGCUUUAGUUUUGUACUAUUUAGAAGUUCUAAUGUCGGUUUUCAGUUCAAGAUUAAUGGGACAGUUUGACAUUCACUGUUUGUAGUACUAGCAAUAUACUGUGAUUUUGAAUUAGACAUAAUUCAAAUGGAAAUGCUAUGUUUUGACACCAUAGUGCCCUUCUUAUGAUCUCUUUUACUUUAAUCUCCUGCUUGGCCUUAUAUUUAAAUCCCUAUGCAACUGAUAUUUUAUAUCUCUGUUUUUACAAAUUAGAUAAUAUACUUAAAUGAUCCCCUUGUAAACCACUUGUUGCUCUUUCCUGGAACAGGAUCUUAAGCUCUGUAUACUGUGAUCCUUUAUUUUACUAUGCCAGUUCCAAAUAAUAAUCUGCCUUGGUUUA